GCGGAGAGGGUGGAGGGUGUUAUGGCUACGAACGACCUCCGUCAUUACAUGGAGGCGGAGGGGGGCGGAGAGCAGGAGCAUACGAGGCCCGGGACACCCUCGCGUGUUGGAGGGGCGGAUGCAUCACUUACUGGAGGGGCAGACGCCGGAUGGUGGCGAUACAAGUGAGGGGACGAUCAGCCUGGACGACGAUUUGGAUGCAAAUCGUCAGCGUGGUGGCAGGUCACGAGGCGACACUCAGCCUGCGGGUUUUCAGCAUGCGCCAACCCGUGUACCAGGAAGUGUAGGAGGUGUGAGUGGCGGUAUUGAGGCAGGCGACUGUAGUGUUAGUGCAGCACCCGCGUCCACAUCCGUAGUGGGUAGGCGAAGGUCAACUCUGAAUCCCUAUAUAGGGAACAAGAUCCAGAUGGAUCUUGAUCGGUUGUGGCCCCUCGCUAUCUAUUGUGGCGGAGUGGCGUUCAACUGGCUGCAUUUGGCCGAGACGCAGCAGUUGUGGGAUUACAUAUGCACUCUAUUCCGUCCCACGAUAGUACCAGUUCCACGACUUCACCUGUAUGAGGGGGUCCGAACGAGGAUGAUGGAUAUUAUCUUCCAUGAGGUCGCUGCCCUCAUCGCCCCUAAGAAGGCAAAGUGGGCUACUUCCGGUUGCACGCUGAUGAUGGACGGGCUUACUGACACGACAAACAAGCCCAUUAUGAACUUCAUCGCAGCAGGGGACUCCGGAACCAUCCUCAUCCGGACGAUUGACAUGUCGUAUCGCGGCAAGACCGGCGUUAGCUUAACAGAGAUUUGGGAGGACGUGAUUCGACAUGAUAUUGGCAUCGAGAAUAUCAAUGCGAUAUGUAUGGACAACGCCGAGCUCAUGAAAACCCUGAGGGACAUUGUCGCACAGCCUUUCGCGCGACAGACGAUGAAAGAUGAGCACAAGAUUGUGAAGUUCAUGCGCAACAAACAAAAAGCGCUUGCACUUCACAAAGUAAUGAAGAAGGCGCUGGUGCUCAGGCGACCAGCCGAGAUGCGUUUCGGUACACCAUACAUGAUGCUGGAGAGGCUGUAUGACCAGAGGGAGGUCUUGGACACAUUGGUGUCGUCAGAGAGGUGGGCUAGGGUGCGAUGGGCCGGGGAUGCUCGAGAGCGGAUGCCGCAUGUCCGCAGGCUCUGCAGGGAUGACGACUUUUGGAGUGGCGUGAUGGUGAUGGACCUCAUGGGUCCCGUUUACGCGUUCCUCAGGGAUCUUGACAGGGAUGGCUCAUCACCCACUGGCCUGUGGCCCUAUGGGAUUUCGAGGUCAUCCUCCGGCAGAGACUUCUUCAGUGUGAGCAAGCGGACAGACGACAGGUACGUGGACAUCUGGGAGGACCAGCUUGAGGAGGAGGAGGUCGCUUUGGAUGAGGACGAUGCCAUCCCUGCAGAUGUGUUGGAGGAGGAGGCCGAGGCGAUUGAGAGGAGUAACAGGAGGAAGGAGGGUCGCAAUCGAGCUGGUAAGGGCAAGGCACCGGCAAUGGACUCGGAGGACGAGGAGGACGACAUUUUUGAUGACCUCGUGUGAAUGCACCAGGGGAUCAGGAACGAGGCAUAGGCACAAAGGGAUGUU